AUGGGCAAAUCCCAAUGCUUGUCCAGGAUCCACUGGUACGGCAUGGCUCCACUCGGUGGAGGCUUCGGCUGUGAGUUCGGCAACCCGAUCACCGACCGGACCGAGGCUGCGUGCGGCUCUCGUAUUGUUAUCUGGGCAGAAUCGGUCACAUUACAGCUUCAGAAUACUUCUGGAACUUCUCGCGAUCCUCCUGGUUGUUCUAUGGGCUGGUUGAGAAGAAAUCAAUACCAGGUAAAGAUGAAGCCUGAUAACCGAGCCCACGCGAGGCAUUCCCACCCUCGGCUUGCAGAUCCCUAUGCCUGUUCCAGUUGUGCUCCAGGUCGUCUGCAUAACAUCUGCACUAAGCAAAUCCCGGAAGACGAUACAGCACCGUCACGAGCACAAGCACAUAAUGGGGCCGGGUGUACCUGGCGAACCAUUGGUGAUUUCAGAUAA